AUGUGCGGGGGCGGGGCUUCGCCGCUGGUCCGCUCCCUCAGGCCUAUGGGCGUGGUCUGGAUGUCUAAGCCAAUGAGAGUGUGGAGGCGGGGCCUGAAUAGGAGCAGGAAACGGCGGCCGCCAAGGGGUCUCUGCCCGCCUGCCUUCAUGCUGCCCCUGCUCCUGCGCCGGCUGUGGCCCCACAACCCUCCCACUCGGUUCUUCGCAGCGGCCGCCCGGCAGGGGUUUGGGCCUCUCUCCACAGGUCUGGCCCCAGUAACUACUAUGAACUGUUGGGGGUGCAUCCUGGUGCCAGCGCUGAAGAAGUUAAACGAGCUUUCUUCUCCAAGUCCAAAGAGGAUAGGUCAUGGGAAGGGAGAUGAGGGGAGUCCUGCCCCACCCCAGCUGCAUCCUGACCGGGACCCCAGGAACCCAGCCCUGCACAGCCGCUUUGUGGAGCUGAGUGAAGCAUACCAAGUGCUGAGCCGUGAGCAGAGCCGCCGCAGCUAUGACCACCAGCUCCGUUCGGCAGCUUCCCCGAAGUGUCCAGGAACCACAGCCCAUCCCAGGUCUGCUCAUCAGGCCCACAGCAGCUCCUGGGCACCCCCCAAUGCAAAAUACUGGGCCCAGUUUCAUGAAGUGAGGCCUCAGGGACCAGAGUCAAGGCAGCAGCAGCACAUGCACAACCGGCGGGUGCUGGGGUACUGCCUCCUGGUCAUGCUGGCAGGCAUGGGCCUGCACUAUGUUGCCUUCAGGAAGCUGGAGCAGAUGCAUCGUAGAUUCAUGGAUGAAAAGGAUCGGAUCAUCACAGCCAUCUACAAUGACACUCGGGCCCGGGCCAGGACCAACAGAGCCAGGCCCCAGGAGGAGCAACGGCAGGGGCAGCAGCUGCAGCCACCACCCGGGCCUCCUCAAGGCCCCGGGAUCGUGCCCCCCGGCCCCAGCCCCUGAGCGGCUCACCUUGGAGAGCUCACUUUGGAUGGGGCCCGCGGUGUGCUCCCUUCUGGGACACCCCACUCCCCAAAAAGCGUGCAAUAAAGUGAUUCUCAGAGCUCUUGUCUGGCU